AUGCACCUGUACAACGUGACGUUACAACGCCCAGGCGCGUGCCAAACGGCGAUUAACGGCAAUUUUUCCGCGCCGAAAGUGCAAGAAAUCAUCGCGAGUAAAGGGACGGCGAUUGAAUUACUGCGACCGGACCAACACGGGAAACUGAAAUCGAUCGCGUUUCGGGAGUGUUUCGGGAUUAUUCGAUCGAUGGCCGCGUUUCGCUUAGCCGGUGCGAACAAAGAUCACGUGGUUAUCGGGUCGGAUUCGGGGAGGAUAGUGGUUUUGAGAUUUGAUGCGGAGAAGAAUCAGUUCGAGCAAGUGCAUAAAGAAACGUUCGGGAAGUCGGGCGUGCGGCGAGUGGUACCGGGGCAGUUUUGCUGCGUGGAUCCGAAAGGAAGAGCGGUCAUGUUAGCUGCGUUAGAGAAGCAAAAAGUGGUGUACGUUUUGAACAGGGAUUCUCAGGCGAAUUUAACCAUCAGUAGUCCUUUAGAGGCGAAUAAAGGGAAGACGAUUGCCUUCGACGUGUGCGCUUUGGACAACGGGUUGGAGAAUCCCGGGUUUAUGGCGAUUGAGUUGUUUUACGGAGAAGCGGACGUGGACGAUACGGGAGAAGCCGCCGCGGAAGCGCAGAAGAUGCUGACGUAUUACGAGCUCGAUUUAGGAUUGAAUCACGUGGCGAGGAAGUGGUCGGAACCGGUUGAUAACGGAGCGAAUAAGUUGAUACCGGUGCCGGGAGGAAGCGACGGACCGGGCGGAGUGAUUGUCUGUUGCGAAAACUUCUUGGUGUACAGAGCGGAGAAACACGAGGAAAUUCGGUGCGUCAUUCCGAGACGAACGAGUUUGGAUGCGGAAAGAGGCGUUUUGAUCGCCUCGUUCGCGUCGCACCGAAGUAAAAACGGGUUUUUCUUCAUCGCGCAGAGCGAAUACGGCGACUGUUAUAAAGUAACCUUAGAUUGGACGAAUAGAAAAGUUUCAGAAUUGAAGAUGAAGUAUUUCGAUACGGUGCCGGUGUGCAGCGCGUUGUGCGUGUUGAAGACUGGAUUUUUAUUUUGCGGGUCUGAGUUUGGCGCGCACGCGUUGUUUCAGUUCAUCGCGCUCGGCGACGACGAAGAGUCUGCGGAAUCUUCCUCGAAAACUUUAAAGAAAAUUGACAACGCAACGAAGAAGAAAGGAAGAGGCAAGAACGACGACGAGGACGACGAAGAAGAAGACAACUUUCAACCGGUGUUUUUCAACCCGAGAAAACUGAAAAACCUCGCCUUGAUUGAUGAAAUCGAAUCGCUUUCGCCAACCAUCGCGUUAGCGUCGAACAUCUCGAGAAAGGAAGAAACGCCUCGUUUAUUAGCUCUGUGCGGCCAAGGUCCGCGCUCGACGUUUCGCGUGUUGCGUCAAGGCGUACCGCUUUCAGAAAUGGCGCGUUCGCCACUCCCCGGGAAUCCAAACGGCGUUUUCACCAUUCGUAAAUCGAAAAGCGAUACCACGGACGCGUACAUCGUCGUCUCGUUUACGAACGCGACUUUGGUAUUAUCCAUCGGCGAUACCGUCGAGGAGGUCACUGAUACUGGUAUUCUCGCCACGUCGUCGACGUUAGCUGUUUCCGCGUUAGGAGAUGACGACGACGGGUCUUUGAUUCAGAUCCACCCGAGCGGCGUGCGACACGUUCGCGGAAACAACAAAGGCGUCAACGAAUGGCGAGCGCCGGGCAGGAAGAAAAUCACCGCGUGCGCGUGUAACCGAGGUCAAGCGAUCGUUGCCUUAACCGGUGGCGAACUCGUGUAUUUCGAAUUAGACGAAGCUGGACAACUUUUGGAGAUUGAAAAGAUUGAAACGAGCUCGGAGGUUGUCAGCGUGGACAUCCCGCCGAUUCCGGAUGGAUCUUUGCGAGCCAAGUUUGCCGCCGUUGCUGGUUACGAUUCUACCGUUCGAGUGUUAUCAUUGAAUCCAGGAGAAGCGUUGCGAACGGUCGGCGUCCAAGCGACCCCGUCGCCGCCAGAAUCUGUCUUGCUUUUAGAGGUGAACAAUAAGACCACGAAGAACAAAAAAGCGGGCAGCAGCGCGCCGCCGUCCAUGUUCUUGAACGUUGGCUUAUCUAACGGCAUUUUAGUCAGGUGUGAAGUCGAUCGCGUUUCCGGCGCACUGUCUGACGCGCGCUCGCGCUUUGUUGGCCAAAGACCUCCGAAACUCAAUCGCAUCGAAAUGAACGAAGAGUCUGGAUUCGUAGCUUUAUCCACGCGACCGUGGUUGGGCUUCAACGAAAACGGUCGAUUUUCAAUCGUCCCAGCAUGUCACGAAACCAUCGACCGCGCGUGUGGCUUCGCUUCGGAACAAGUUCCUGAAGGUAUCGUUGCCGUCGUGGAUGGAAGUUUACGGAUUUUAGCGUGCGAAAAUCUUGGAGAAGCUUUUUCGCAAAGCUCAGAAAAAGCGAGAUACACGCCGCGCGCCAUGUCGACGCAUCCAGACGACCCCGACGUCGUCGCGAUAAUUGAAACCGAUAGAGGCAUAAUUGGAUUUGAGGAUAGAACUGGCGAAGAGACGAGGAACGAAUACAUCGUCGAAGCGCCUCCGGCAAAGAAACCGAAGAAAAACGAAGAAGAGGACGAAGAAGACGACGAAGAAGACGACGCGUAUCAAUUAGCACCCAUCGAGCAGUUUGGCGCGCCGAAAUCGACCGCGAACGACAAUAACAACUGGUCAUCGUGCGUUCACAUUGUCGAUGCGGCCAACGCGGAAACUUUGUGCGUGCAAGAGAUUAAAAACAACGAACGUCUUGUUUCCGUCGCGCACGCCUAUUUCGCCAAAGCGGACGAAGUGUUAUUAGUCGUCGGUUCCGUGAAGAAUUUUGUGCUCCAACCUCGCGAUUGCGAUGGCGGCAUGAUUCGAUGUUACAGAUACAAACGCGGCGGUGGGAAAUCAUCGAAUGGCGAAACAACUGCGAACGGGAAAUCUGGAGCGAACAAAGCCAUCACCGGUUUAGAACUGGUGCACGAAACCCCUUGCGAAGGCGCGCCGUUUGCGUUGCGAAAUUUUGAAGGCAAACUACUGGUCGGCGUCGACGACGUUUUACGCCUGUAUGACUUCGGUAAGAAGAAAUUAUUGCGCAAAGCCGAGUGCGCGCAAAAGUUUCCGAGUUUCAUCAACGAUAUUCGAUGCUCCGGCGACCGCUUUUUCGUCACCGACGCCUGCGAAUCCGCCUUCUUUGUCAAGUACGUUCGCGAAGACGACCAGGAAUGUUCCAUGCACAUCUUCGCCGACGACAUCGCGCCGCGGUACGUCACCUCCAUGCUCCCCUUAGAUCGCGACACGGUAGCCGUCUCGGAUAAAUUCGGGAACUUUGCUGCCUUGCGUCUCCCAAAAGACGUGUCAGACGAAAUCGAAUCGGACAUUUCCGGCGGCAAACACGCGGCGUUGACGUCCUCGGCGGCCCUCGGCGCGCUCAACGGCGCGAACAACAAGCUUCAAGCCUGCGCUCAAUUCCACGUCGGCGACGUCAUCUGUUCCUUGACAAAAUGCGCGUUACAAACCGGUGGUUCCGAAGUCAUUGUCUACGCCACUCUCGGCGGCGCGCUCGGCGCUUUCGUCCCGUUUGCGAGCAAAGACGAAGCCGAUUUCUGCACCCACCUCGAAAUGCACUUGCGCAUAGAAGCGCCGCCAGUCUUAGGCAACGAACACGGCGCCUUCCGCUCCUCCUACUUCCCGGUCAAAGCGGUCGUCGACGGUGACUUGUGCGAACAAUUCGGUCGACUCGGCGCUGACGCGCAGCGACGCAUAAGCGAAGAGAUGGACCGCACGCCGUCAGAAAUCGUCAAAAGGUUAGAGCAAAUUCGAGCCAGAGCGGGAUGA